AAUGAGAGACACAAUGACCUUUUAUGGUAAAAAUGGAACUGAAAGAGUAUUUGUGAAUAAGGAAAACAGAUUGCAGAUCAAAGGUUCAAGACAACUUGUCGAUUUUAAUGAUGUUAUUACGGCAGAUGGAUACGAGCAGAAGGUUUUAACUAUUAAUGGAAGAUUUCCUGGGCCUAAUAUUAAUGUCAUGUUUGGCUCUAGAAUUAUUAUACACGUUACAAAUAAAUUAGAAGAAAUGACAUCAAUCCAUUUUCAUGGUAUACAUCAAAAGAGAACACCUUGGAUGGACGGUGUUGGCAUGAUCACUCAAUGCCCUAUUCAGCCUGGAGAACAAUAUACUUAUGAUUUCAUGGGUGAACCAGUCGGAACUCAUGCCUAUCACGGUCAUUUCAGAGAGCAUUCCGCUCUAGGUCUUUAUGGGAUGUUUGUUGUCCAUGAAAAUCUUCCUUUACUUCCACAAAUUCCACUAGUGAUAUCCGAAUGGUAUCAUAAUAUUCAAGUUUUGUAUAAUAAUCUGACUAGAGCAAAUAUCAAUUGGCCCCCGUUUAAUAAUCAAUUGAAAUAUUCCCUUGAUGGAACGGCCACUAGUGAUGUAAAAUAUUCGGGAGGACUUAUAAAUGGUAAAGGUCAGCAGUCAAAGAACAUUGGCUAUCUUCCAAAAGCGGAGUUUAUUUUACACCCAAGAAAAUAUCACAGAUUUAGACUUUUUAUGGCAUCUCAUGAAUUUGCUUAUCAAAUUUCUAUAGACAAUCAUCAUUUAAUUCUUAUUGCGGUUGGAGGUAAUCUUAUUGAGGCUGUCAAACUACAAUCAAUUAUCGCAUUUCCUGGAGAAUCAUUUGAUUUUCUCGUUGCCGCUACAAGAAGGCCAGGACUCUAUUGGUUGAGGGCUAGGACUCUUUCUAUAAAAGAUGAACAUUCCUCAUUGAGAGAGGAGAUAUUAGGCGUUGUAAGAUAUACAAAUUAUGUUGGAAAUCAAAGUGAGCCUUCAACUAACGAUUACAAAUGUACUGAGGAGAAUGUAUGUCUGAUUUUUAAUUGUCCUUGGAAAUCAUAUCCAUCAGAAUAUCAUAGUCGCUGUAUCAGUCUAAAUCAGAUAAAGAGUUUGAGAAGAUCCAACUCUAAGUUUAAACUUUAUUCCUUUCAUAGCGAAGAAACUGAGAGAUUUUCUUUAAAUAUACAAUUUUUCAAUGGAAAAGCAACAAUCAAUGGAAAAUACUUUAAAUCGCCGUCUGUCACCUUUUGGGAAGAUUAUAAGACAAAUAGUAAACUAUGCGAUGAAUGUAAAACUACUGUAUGCGAAUGCUUAAACGUUAUGGAUUUGCCUUAUGGAAAAACAAUUGAAAUUUUAUUGACAAACGUGAAAGGUAAAGAGCUAAAUGAAGGGAAAAUAUCAUAUGUUCAUCAUCCUUUUCAUAUGCACGGACAUCAUUUUGAAGUUUUAAAAGUUGGCUUCGCUGACCAGUAUAAAAAUGGUACCUGGGUUGGAAAUAGUAAGGAUAUAGUAUGCAAUAAUGAAUAUUGUACAAGAGCGAGAUUGAUCAUUGCAAUCAAGGAUUUAAAUUAUGAAAAUCCUGCACUUGUAGACACGGUUAAUGUACCAGCAGGUGGAUAUGCUCUAAUUAGAUUUCAAACAAAUAAUCCGGGAUACUGGUUGGGUCAUUGCCAUCUAUUUUUUCAUGUGGUUGAAGGGAUGGCAAUUGUCUUUCGAGAAGGAGAAAGAGAAGGAUUUAUUCCCACACCUAAAAAUAUCUCUCAAGUCUGUUCAAAAGUCAAAAAUUAA